UGGUGACCCAGAGUCAAGGGAUGCAGCCUGUGGGCCAUUCUGCCAUCUCCCCCCGCCCCCCCGCAGUGAAAACAUGAAAGAUGCUUUGUUUCGAAGCCAUUCAUCCUCAGCGUCUCCCCCAACCCAAAGCCCAUUUUUUUUAAAGCAGCCCCAUCGUCUCUGUUUGAUGAGAAAUGCAGGAGACCUAGGAAAAGUCUUUUACAAAACAACAUCCACGGUUCCACUAACUUGUUAAACAGAGAGAGGCUGGAAACUGCCAACGCCUCUGCAAGGAAAGACACGAGAGUGAGAGAGAGGAGAGAGAAAAAGCAGGUUAUUUAUAAAGUCAGGCAGUGGUAGGGUAUCUUCACUCGAGUCUGCAAACUGACUGCUGCUGGGAGGUCACUCCAGAAGAAAAACCCUGCAGUGCCCAUGACCUACAAGCACACUAUUUGAUCAGGACUGCGGGGCGGGCACCAACCCUGGCAAAUUGAGACACACACAUGCUCUUUAAUACACAGGAGAUCAGGCAGACGAACACUGAGGCUUUGGAAAAGGGACUCUGAGUCUGGUUCCAUGAGGUUCUGCACAAUGCACUGGGCUUCUGUCCUGAUAGUAGCUGGGCUGUGUGGGGUCUCCCUGGGCCAGUAUGAAGACGAAGAAGAUAUGUACUGGUUGCAUCAGUACCUUCGCAGCCAGACGUUGUCCUAUAAUUACAUGCCAUACUACGAGGAUGAGGUCCCCCCUUACUCUUAUGUCCCGCCUGGGUCCUCCUUUGCGGAGCCCAUCCCUGAGCCUGUUUCCCGGGAAUGCCCCCAGGAGUGCGACUGCCCCCCCAACUUCUCCACAGCAUUGUACUGCGACAGCCGCAACCUGAGGUACCUUCCCUUUGUGCCUUCCAGGAUGAAGUACGUCUACUUCCAGAACAACCAGAUCACCACCGUCCAAGAGGGGGCUUUCGACAAUGCCACAACGCUGGAAUGGAUUGCGCUACACGGCAACCAGAUAACCAGUGAGAAGAUGGGCAAGAAGGUCUUUGCCAAGCUCAAGAACCUGGAGAGGCUGUAUCUGGAUAAUAACAACCUGACCAAGAUGCCCAGCCCCCUGCCCAGGUCCCUGAGAGAACUCCACCUGGCUUACAAUCAGAUCACAAGGAUCCCAUCCAAUGCUCUGGAGGGUUUGGAGAACCUCACUGCCCUGUAUCUCAGCCACAACCAAAUCCAUGAUAUAGGAGCAUCUUUCAAAGGGUUAAAGUCCUUGAUCCUUGUUGACCUGAGCUACAAUCACCUCAGGAAGCUCCCCGAUGGCCUCCCAAGCUCUCUUGAGCAGCUCUACCUAGAGCACAACUACAUCUACACCAUCCCUGAUGAGUAUUUCAAGGUAUCCCCCAAGCUGCUCUAUAUCAGGCUGUCCCACAACAGCCUGACCAACGAGGGGCUCUCCUCCAACACCUUCAACACCAGCAGCAUCCUAGAACUCGAUCUGUCUUAUAACAGGCUCCAGAAGAUCCCCCGGGUUAGCACCAACCUCGAGAACCUCUACCUCCAAGGGAACCAAAUCAAUGAAUUCUCCAUCAGCAGCUUCUGCACAGUCAUCGACGUCAUGAACUUUUCCAAGCUCCAGGUCUUGCGGCUGGAUGGGAAUGAGAUCCAAAGGAACGCGGUGCCCCCAGAUGCCCCCCUCUGCCUGAGACGUGCUGCCGUCAUUGAGAUUUAACCCCGACCGACCCACCCCCUUACCCCCCGUGCUCUCCCCCUGUCUUCAGAGCAGCACCACACCCGUUCCAGUAAUCCAGGCUGGGGGAGGCCUUCACUCUCGUUUUAAUGCAGCUUGAUGAUUUGAUUUGGCUUCUGCAAUAGCGUAAUAUGGGUGGCACAAUAGCAGCCAGAGUAGAAGGGAUGUGUCAUUAACUCCACCCACUAGUUGCUACCCUUUUUAGCUUAUCAGGUCACACCAGUAUGGAGGCAGGUCUCUGCUUUGUCCUAUAAAAACCCUACUUUUCUCUCUCUAACCACCCAAUCAAUUCUCUUGAUGAUUCCCCACCAUUGUCUUGCUGCACACAUGUCCAUGCGGCUCCCACCAGCAUGGGUGGAUUGCCUGGAGGAGACUCAAGUUGUCUCCAUUCAGAUGCAUUGGAUUUGAAAGUUUGAUGCCAGCUAGGAUGGUUUUGGGGUUCAUAUUCUGCGUAGGAGGAACUGUGGAAAAGGGAUCAGAGACAGGGGAGGAGGAGAAUUCAAGUUUUUAAAAGGUAGUGUGGAAAAACAGAACAGGCCAUGGGACAGGAUGGGGAUCAUUUGAAGAGAGACUUUGGAAGAGAGGAGCAGAGAGGAAGAGUGAGAGGAAAAUUUGAAUGGAAAAACUGCAAUAAUCUAUGGGUCAGAACUUCACCAGGUAUAAAUGGGUGUAGCCACAUUGACUUCAGGCAGCAGGUUUAAAACAAACAAAAGGAAGUAUGUUUUCACAAAAUGCACAGUCAACCUGUGGAACUCUUUGCCAGGGGAUGUUGUGAAGGCCAAGACUAUAAUAGGGUUCAAAAA